ACGCCAAUUGCUAACGGUUACAGAGACGUUAAAAAUGACAACACUGCGUACUGUGUGGAAUAACUAUAAGCUGAAUUUCUAACAUCAGAGCGGAAUAUAUUUUUAAAGAGACGUGACGUGGGAUUCAUUCAUCAUUGGUUAACGUUUCACUGGUUAAGGAUUAGCUAAUGCCAGCUAACUAGCUCAGUGCUAGCUUUGCUCGUUAGCAGGCUAACAAAGAGCCGUUGCUCCUCCUUGCUUUGUAUGCUCGAUGUUACCGUUUCAAAUGGCUGUGGUGACACUUAUUAGGCGGCGAAGAAGUAGUGAAACUGGACUGGAGCAUAUCUGGAGUGUCUGACCGUCCUGUCUUUGCCUACAGUAGGAAGUUGGGUGCCUGUUGUAGGCUGUGUGCAUUUGUUCCUCGCCAGUGAUUCCUUAUGCUUGAUGGAAGCUGCACCCUGUGUCUUACAGGAUGGAUGUGUGGGUGGUGGGAUGUCGGAAAAGCCAGACGACAAAAUGGUGAAGUUCCUAGCUCCCCCUCAGAAGAGUGGAAACGGUCCCAGUUCUGGUUCAGAUUCAAUGGUGAGUGAGUGCCGGCCAACAGAAGUGAGACGCCGGCAUCACACCAUGGAGCGCGAUCGAUGUAACCCUGAACACCGUUUCUUGCGCCGCAGUGUCAUCAGCGAUUCCAAUGCUACUGCAUUGGCUCUCCCUUUACCCAGCAAGAUCCCCAUCCCUGCACCUCAGCGGGUUCAGCCACGGCAAGCCGCCCCCCAGCGGCAACAGGCUGCUGCUGCUGUUCAUUUGCCACGGACUGAAACAAGUUUAGCUCAGAAUGAGGAGUCUGCUGACGGUGGAAGAGAAGGAGAAGAAGGAAAAGAUAUAGAAAUAGCCAAGGUGGAUGUAGUGCCUUCAAACCAGGAACCUGCCAGUGUUCAAAAUGUCUGUGAUGGCGAGGUGGUGGUAGCAGCCCACUCCACACCAGGUUUAGGAAGUGAAUUGCCAAAUCAAACAGAACCUGAAAGCACCACUGAGGUGAAGGUACAUCAUGGGGAAGAGGGGGAGGAAGAGGAUAAGGACUCAGCCAAGGCACGAGCAGAGGCAGAGCAGAGAGAGGCAGAGAAAAAAGAGUUGGAUGACAUCGAAGAGGCAGAGACCAAAGCAGUAGGAACAUCACCGGAUGGGCGUUUCCUAAAGUUUGAUAUAGAAAUUGGACGUGGCUCCUUCAAGACCGUCUACAAGGGCUUGGACACAGAGACCACAGUGGAGGUGGCUUGGUGUGAGCUGCAGGAUCGUAAACUGUCAAAGGCAGAGCGACAACGCUUUAAGGAGGAAGCGGGGAUGUUAAAGGGACUACAGCAUCCCAACAUUGUCCGCUUUUAUGACUCCUGGGAGGGACCCUCCAAAGGCAGGAAGUGCAUUGUACUGGUCACUGAACUCAUGACUUCUGGCACGCUCAAAACAUAUCUGAAGCGUUUCAAAGUAAUGAAAAUUAAAGUGCUGCGGAGCUGGUGUAGACAAAUCCUCAAGGGGCUUCACUUCCUUCAUACUCGGGCUCCCCCAAUCAUUCACAGGGACCUCAAGUGUGACAACAUUUUCAUCACAGGCCCAACAGGAUCCGUCAAGAUUGGAGACCUGGGAUUGGCUACACUCAAGCGUGCAUCCUUUGCCAAGAGUGUUAUAGGUACCCCUGAGUUCAUGGCGCCUGAGAUGUAUGAGGAGAAGUACGACGAGUCAGUGGAUGUGUAUGCCUUUGGAAUGUGCAUGCUGGAGAUGGCCACCUCAGAGUACCCUUACUCAGAGUGCCAGAAUGCUGCACAGAUCUACCGCAGAGUUACCAGCGGAGUGAAGCCGGGCAGCUUCGACAAGGUGGCCAUUCCUGAAGUGAAGGAGAUCAUUGAGGGAUGUAUUCGCCAGAACAAGGAUGAGAGGUACUCAAUCAAGGACCUUCUGAACCAUGCCUUCUUCCAGGAGGACACAGGGGUGCGUGUGGAGUUGGCUGAAGAGGAUGAUGGGGAGAUGGAGGCUAUUAAGCUGUGGCUGAGAAUUGAGGAUAUAAAGAAACUUAAGGGGAAGUACAAAGACAACGAAGCUAUUGAGUUUUCUUUUGACCUCUGCAAAGACGUUCCAGAGGAUGUGGCUCAGGAAAUGGUUGAGUCUGGUUAUGUGUGCGAAGGUGAUCACAAGACUAUUGCAAAGGCCAUAAAGGACAGGGUGUCUCUAAUAAGCCGCAAGAGAGCACAGCGGCAGCAGGUUCGAGAAGAUCAGGAAAAGAGAAAGAUAGAAGAGGAGCUGCAGAGUCAGUUACUGCCUGCACAGCAACCAGGCCAACAGUCUAGCACAGAGAUUCCACAACCUGCUUCUUAUGUCCCUCCACAACCAAACCAACACAGCACACAAAUGUCUGCCCAUCCUGCAUCUCAGCAGAGCCUGCAGACCUCCAACUACAACACUCCUCAAGCAACCCAACUGACUGGCAUGGCACAAGUGGUCCCUUAUGUCCCACAGUCAACAGGGCAAGUCCCAGUUCCAGUUCAGGGUCAAAGUGUGGCCAUCAUCCAGCCAGAGUCAGAGGAGCCUGAGACUGACCAACACCAACAGCUACAACACACUGGAGGAGCCAUGGGAGACAGACUGCCUGGUUCCUCCAUCCUUGCCGAGGCCCAGCCUCCUCAGCCUGGAAUAUCCUACAGCUCCGCUCCCAGUCAGCACCAUCAGUCCCAGGUGUCGUGCCCACAGACACAAAAUGACCAGUUGCAACAGCAGCAGUUGUCAGGGGUUCAACCCCAGAUGCAAGGUGUCCCGCCUGAAGUUGUUCCUGUUGCACCCACAAGCCAGUCUGUUCCAGUGGCACCUCCACAGUACGGAGUUUACUACCAGCCAUCGCUCCCCCCUCAGAUUCCCACCCAGCAAGUGAUGAUACCCCCACCCUCUCAGUCAUCUGUCCCCCAGCAGCAGCAGCAGCAACAGCCAGAGAGCAGCUCCACUCUGCAGAGCUCCACUCCACCACAGGCACAGACUGGAGCUCAGCAGCUACAGGCCCCUGUGAGUGUUCCUCAGUCAACACCAGUGGAGCAGUCUGUGGGAUCUUCUGCUUUGGCUCCACCAUCUGCAGAAGGUUGCCUGUCAGAUGCAGCUUCAGGUCUCAGUGAUGGCAAUGAUGGAAGUUCUACAUCAGGAGGUCGCCAUGAGGGGCGCUCACUGAAGCGUCACCCAAGGCGAUCCGUGCGCAGCCGCUCCCGCCACGAGAAGACUGCAAAGGCCAAGCUAAAUGUUCUCAGUAUCUCAAAUAUGGGAGACAGAGUAGCAGAGUGCCAGCUGGAAACACACAACAGGAAGAUGGUGACCUUCAGAUUUGACCUUGAUGGAGAUAAUCCAGAGGAGAUUGCACAGAUCAUGGUUGAGAGUGAGUUCAUCUUAGAGAGUGAGCGGGAGUCCUUCAUCGAGCAGGUCCGUGAGGUCAUAGAAAUGGCUGAUGAGAAAGGAGAGGGGAUGAAGGAAGCCUUUCCUCAGAUGAGUGACCUUCAACAACAGCCUGAGCUGUCUGUUCCCAUGGUGCCAGGUAUUUCCCCCAGUACAACAGCCCAGGUGGUGCAUUCAGCAGGACGAAGGUUCAUUGUCAGUCCAGUGCCAGAGUCUCGUCUUAAAGAGCAGUUCUUUGGAAAUACUUCUGCUAACACCUCUUUUGGAGAUGAACCUUCCCUUGCUCCAUCUACAACUUUGGGCCUUUCUCUGUCGGCUCCAUCUGGGACCCUCCAGCAGGCUUUCAGUAAGAUGAAGCAGGCUCGUGUCGAGAGAGGCAACACCCUUGAUCCUCCUGCCACUGAGCAAGAACUGGGCCCUGCCCUGUCCACCGAGGCUGGACUCGGCCCAAACUCCAGCAAUAUCCUGGCUCCUCCAGAAGCUUCCACCAUUAGCACUACUUUUCCUGCAGGGUCUCUCCCACCUACUGCGACAUCCUCACCCCCUCCCUCAACUGGGAGGGUUUCGCCUCCCCCUAUAUCCACUCAGUCCCAAACUCCUGCUCCUGUCAUCAGUGACCCCAGUCCACCUCCUCACUCUUCCCAUGAAACACCCCCCUCACAGCUUCCGCCAGCUGCUGGCGUCCCUCCCUCGUCUACCAUUUCUCCUCCAUCAGUGCAGACCUCCGUCCCCGCAGUACCUGGGCCUCAGCCGGGCAGUAGUUCUAUCUCUGUCUCUUCUGUUGCUGGUGUUGCUUCCAGUAGUACUGGUACUGUCCCUGCUUCAGAGCAGCAGCCUUUUAGUAGUGCUGUUACAUCCUCUCAGCCUAUGAAUUCAUCCAUUCAUGCACCACAGCACACAACCUCCCAGUGUCAGCCUGUUCCUAUUUCUGCUCAGCCCCCACCUCCCUCCUCAUCAACCAGUCAGAGUCAGGUCCAACCACAGCCAUUAGAGUCGGAGGGGGCUGAGCUCCAGACGAAGACCGCUGGUAGAGAUGACAUCCAAGCUCUAGAUAAGAAGCUACGGUCCCUCUUUAAAGACCAGAGCUCUGCUUCCUCAGCGUCGGUGGAUCCCAGUCAGAACACAGGGACCUCCUCUCCCCCCACUGGGACUUCAUCCCCUCCACCUGGAGCCGUCCUGGUGCCCCCAUCUAACCUUCCCCUCACUUCUGGCGUACAAGGUGUCCUGGGCCCCACAACCACCCCAGGACAGGGUAUUACCCCGGCAGGACAUGCCCAUACCCCUCCAACUAAACCCAGGGCACAGACUUUACCCACUGGUUUUGAUCAAGCUGCUACACCUCCCUCUGAUCUUGUACCCCCAUUUCCUGGACCAAAUCAGUCACAGCAACCCUUGGGUAAUUUGGAUGCACAGUUGAGGAGAGCUCUGAGCCCAGAGACUGUUCAGGGAGGUAACAGAGUCCAGCCUCCAGCAGCAGGUUUCACUCUGGGACGUUUUCAAGUAUCUGUUGCCACUGAUGGUGUGCCCAGCAGCGUUCCAGAUCCUUCCAGCAUUGUCUCCUCUUCCUCCCUCACGCCAUCCUCUACCACAUCCUCCUCCUCUUCUUCUUCCUCCUCUUCCUCCUCUUCCCCCUCAAGUCCAGAAAAUACCCUCCAUCGGUCAUCGUCUCUGGCCAAAGGAGUUUGUGAACCUGACACUGUAAAUGGAGCUUCAUCUCUCUCUGCUGGACCUGUCAGUCAGCCCACCACUAUCGGUCGCUUCCAGGUGUCCACGAGCAGCAACGCCAUAUCUGGACCCACCGCUGGUUCUAAAGUGGGACGAUUUUCAGUCACAGUGACCCCAGCUCCUGCCGCAGGCUCCAGUCCAUCACGUGGUUCCAGUUUGCAGAAUGGGCCCUCAUCCUCAACCUCUGACCCGCAUAAUGCACAUGCCCAUUACAGUAGUGACAAUGACGACGACUCAGAGACUGAGGACGACGCUUUGCAGAAAGAAAUCAGCCGUCUGAGAGAAAAACACAUGAAGGAGAUUCAGGCUUUACAGACUCGUCAGAAAGAGGAGAUAGAGGCUCUGUUCAUGCGCAUGGGGAAAAAUCCUCCCUCCUCCGUUGUCUCUCCUGCUGUUGCUAUGGCUGGGGGUCGUCGUAGGCUGAAAAGCAAAGGCCACAAAUCUGCUCGCAGUAGUGGACAGCCCAGUCCCAUACACUCAGGAUCCCCAGCCUCAGUUCAGAGCCUCCAUGGUUCAGAAUCCCCUCCAAAGCAAAAUUCACCCUCCGCAUCAGAGGCCUCCGAAACGGUAACAGAGGCAUCACAAGCAGGCAGCAGGUCGUCCGCACCGCAGCUCCGAUCCUCUCCAUCCAUGCCCAGCCUCAGCAGUUGCUCCACGGGGUCAAGUGGAACCAGCUCCACAAACGGCUCAGGCCACUGCCAGAACCAUUCUACUUCCCUGACCCAGGCGACUGGAGCCGCUCCUCCUGCCUCUCACACCCAGAAGGGAAAAGGCACCUUCACUGACGACCUGCACCAACUGGUGGAUAACUGGGCCAGAGACGCCAUCAGCCUCUCCCAGUGCAAGAGAGGUCCUAAAACUGGAGCACAGGCAGCACUGGGACAUGAUAUAAUCCCUCCAGCCAACAUGGGUCGUAAAUUUUCAGCUCCAGGCUACCUCUGUCCGACACUUCCCACGCCUUCCAACGCCACAUCCACCACCGCCACUCAUCUUCCCAACCCAGCCAAUCCCUCUGUCCCUCUUGGGCCCCGUAAAGGCUCUCUGGGCCCAGUCGCUCAGGGGUUCGGAUACGCCUCGGCCCCUUACAGCGCUUCUCAGUGGGCAGGACCCACGGGCACAUGCCAGGUCAGCAUGCUAAACCCUGCACAGCCACUAACACAGUACCAGCCGCCUACGACGGCCACAGUGUCCAUUCACCAAGGCUACCACAUGGGAACCACGCCGACCUCCCAGAAAUCAGUCAGCCCCGGAGGGUCCAACCUGAGGCCUACGUAGCCCAGUCAGAGCCCUGUUCCAGGCUGAGACCACAGGGCCACAUAGGGCAGAGAGGGCAGACAGUCGUUGAUCGAGAACCACUAGCUGUCUUUGCAGUUUGCUGGUUAGCUGGCUGGGUAUUGUGCUUUUUAUUUUUAUUUCAACUUUUAUCAUUAUGUGUUAUGAGUUGACCUGUGUCCUCUCAGGCAGAAUGAAAUCUGUCUGGCAAUUAGAGGGAGAGUGCAAUACACAUCCACAGCACAAGAGUCUCACACUUAGCCUGCCAUUAGCUGUGGAAUCGAGCUGUGACAAGUGGGUUGUGUCUGGCGAUGUUUUAAAGACCCAAAGGCAGAACCAACAGCAGCCAAAGAUGUCUUUUGAGAGCAGACGUUGUAAUGUCGUGUUUCCUUUAAAGAGGAGAUGGCGGGAGUGAUUGUGGUUUACGUCCUUACUGGUCCUGACUUAAAGCCAAACCUGGCACCGAAGACAGUCGAACUAAUACACCAUAACAGACACAUACACAGACACACACACGCACACACACACACACACACCUGACUAAACAUUAACCUGGUGGAGUGACAUGGGAUGGUAGGUUACGUUGUAUCAGAGAGCGAGGGUAGAAUGUGAGCGUGCAGAAAGUGGAAGAUAAGAGCGGGACAGUCAGUUUGUCCUAGUUGGAGCAGUAAAGUGUGACUGGUGGAGCGAGAAGAAGAAAGACAUAGCAAGUUAGCCUCGAGUGUAAAAUGGAUAGGAUUGGAAUAUGAAAACAUCCCAGUGGCUCCCUAUAAAGUAAAAUGCAAUAACGACAAAGAGUAGAUAAACUGUCCCUUGUAACUGUGGCCUUAAUCCCAAAACACAUCUAAACAUUCACUUUGUACAUAGAUAUUUCUUCACUGGGUUAUGAUUCCAUGUUCAGCAUAUUUAUGUCUCUGUGUGAGUCUGGUGUCAUUGUGAUUUGAGUUGUCUCUGUCAUACAGAUUUAUUAUCAUACUGAUUUAUACUUCACGUCUGGCAUGUAAGCCAGGGGAUCUGCCACAUAAAAAAAAGCAUUGUCCUGGUGUUGACCACCAUUUUGAGUUUAAAACUGAAGAGGUGAUGCUGCUGUAGAUCACAGUCUGUGUAGAGGGUGUUUGCAGGGUGAUAAAUUAUUAUUAUUUUUUUUUUGUAAACGCAAGAAUGAAAUCUUAAGAAUCCUAAGUUGACACAUGAAACCACUUCACUUAGUGCUUAGCUGUGAGACGUGAGCAGUUCAAAGUCUGCUCAUCAUAUCAUACAAAAUGAAAUAGUUUUGAUUUAUUAGGACAGUGUUUGUGGAGGGUUUCGGACUCUGAGGGGACGCAGCCUCCACACUUCCUCCCAGUUGUUUACACAGAUAACAAACAGGUUGUUAGUGAAGUCAUGUCACAUUAGAUCCCUAUCCUCCUAACAUUUAGCCGCCGCCUCUCAAAUCACAAGUGUCCGGGUUCUCUUUCUGUGGUCUGUUUUUGUAUGCGUAUAUUUAAUAAAACAAACAAAUGUUCUUUAUGGACCUGUAUUCAGCCAUCAGAUUUUGAUGUUGUUUCACUGUAAUUAUUAUUAAAGGUUGUUAAACAACAUGUAGUUAAAGGAAUAUAAAAAGUGCAAUUGCAGGGUUGUUGUUAUUGGUAUCCUACUCACCACGCAGGAGUAAUCCUGUGGUUUAUUAAGCUCUUCUAUGACUGCCCUGCCCCCCUUUUCUAUUUUAUUGUAUAUAUGUUAAUGUGAGGUAAAUGCUUUCACGCUCAGUCACUAGAGUAUGCUUGUGGUGACCCACUCUACAUGCACACGCACUCUAACCUGUGAACAUGAGGAACACUUUAGUGCCUUGCAUCCUCACUAAUGACAAGUUCCAGAUUCAUUUAGUCCUGUAGCUGUGACUGUACUGCAGAAAACCAGUUAACUUAACCUGUACACAAAAACGCAAACGCAACCCGACACGGCCAACUCAGAGGACAUAAUACUCUGAAAAUGUUGGACCAGACACCACACACGCAGGACUGCAGAACAAAGAGCACACUGAGUAAUGUUUCUUUUCUCUCUACAGUUACAUUUGUGUUGGUUGUGUAAUCAGCUGUGUAUUUAUAUUUGGCUCAUGCGUACAUGGUUUUGGCUGACAUUUGUUUUUGUGGAUUUAUCAUUAAACCGUUUGAUAGAAGCACUUGUUCAGGCAGUGGGUGAGCUGUAUAAAGGUUUAAAAAUUGUCAUGCCGUCACGCUGGCUCAACUUUUUGUCUCCCCACCUCUCGAGUGCCACGCCGUCAUUGUGACUCUUUCGCCUGCUCAUAGAUUGGAUGAAUAGUUAAACUUCUCUAGAGAAAAAAUAAGUUACUGCAAUGCAGAAUAUGCAAUGUUAAAAGUUUUAUAAGGACUGAGGGGUAAUGGAAACAUUUGCAUGCUGAAGAGGGUUGUUACUGACUUCAAUGUUUUUGAUAUUGGAAUAUUAGUGAUCUUUUUUUAUUAUUAUUAUUGUUAUUAUUUGCCUUCCUGAGAGUCAUCACAAAGUGUUGGAUCUGUUUCAUUGCCAUUCACCAAUAUCACAGGCACAACUUCAAUAUCAGACUUCUGCAUGCCGGCUUCAUUGGUGUUUAAUCUUACAAAUGACAACUGGCCACUGUACAGCACAAGCUCACACAAAGCUUAAGCUCCAUGUGCUACUAUGGUUAUUAUCAGUAAUUAUCACACACCUACAUACAGUGCUUUCUGAGGCUACUGACACGCAGUAAUAUCUGUUGAACUCUUAAUUUCUGAUCCCUCCUUACAGACUUCCUGUGAUCCAGUGUCUGUUUUGUGUAUGUUUUUCACAUUGUACAAAAUGUAAAAACAAAUAAAAAUAAUAUCAAUUAAA